ACGGUUAUUCAUGUCAUUAGCUGACCUUUGUACUCUAUCAAAUCAGUGGGCGAUACUGCACAAUUGGGCCUGGAAGGAUGAGAGAGUCACGAUUGGAAAAACGUGUGCAAAUCCAGUGGGGGAUCCGUGACCCUACACUGACGUACAUGUACUUAAGAGCAACGUACAAUUUGAAUUCCUCUUCGAAAUAAAAGCCUGGCCAGCGAUGAUAGAAUAGAUUGUAUGAAGACUUUUACAACUAGUAAAAUCAAUCGAUCUACGAUUUUAAAUCUCGUUUAUGUCCAUCGGUAACCCAGCAAAAUGCGCACCACUGCAAAGGUUCAUUACAGUCGGGUGGCACAGAAAAGCCUCCACGACUUGUCCUCGCAACUGUGACGAAAAGCAUGGUGUGACUUCAUCCGGAUGUGUCAACAAUUAAAGAAUUGAUGCAAACCGUAGAUUACAGACUAUACUUGUAAAGCCCGAGUAAGCAAUCUUCGAUAUAUAAGUCCAACCCAAUGACCCCAAAAAGCAGAUAGUCACCAGUUUUUCCAAAGGGACGGAGUUCGAGGCACUCUGUAUUUGUCUCAGUACAGGUUUUUGUUCCAUCGCCUCUCAGCGUGCGUGGGAUGAUGCUAGUCAAAAGCAUUUUGCUUUGUCUCUCAGCCAUACAAACUGUACAAGCUUCGAGCGGCUUAUUUUUGGACGAGUGCCCAGUGUUCACACAGCGUAACACUGAUUCCAAUGACUUAGGUGACGUCACUGGGACGCCCGCCUAUGAUCUGGUGGCCAGUCAAGUUCAGUUUGGUUACCUACCGAACCAGCAGUAUGAAUUGAGGAUCGAAGCAAGCAACCAAGCCCGCCCGUUCUCCAGAUUUAUCUUAAAGUCCGAUAAUUCUGACAAAACCUGUGAGGAUGUAACCCUGGUUCCCAGCUCUGGAAACGUCAGAUACCUUGAGGACUGUCCGGGAGUCUUGGUGUCCGACCGGCCUCAGCAAGCAAGCAAUGCUUCCUUUCACUGGGAAUCACCGUCUUGCGGCUGUGUCAUAUUCAGAGCGAUCGUCUUUGAUGAUACAACAUCUCAGUCUACAAAUCUUCAGCUCACUGUCUGCCCUUACUCGCCGGAUUUAGACAACUAUCUAAAUACUCUGCUGCACGAAAUCGACCCGGAAGGUUACAACUUCACGAAUGAGCGAGACAGCAAUUUUGAGAACGAGUACGAUGACGGCUUAUUUGAAGACGAAGAUUUCGACGAAGGAAUAACAGACGUCAACUACUCGGACAAGCAUCCAGUUGUUGGCGAUCCAAAGAUAUUGUGUCAAGAAUUCCAAGAUCUUCGAGGCGCAGGCAUGAGCCCUCUCCUUCGUCGUCGAUGGUGGCGCUGUUGUAAACGAGCAGGAGGUAAGCUCAAGAGAUGUAUUGCCAGGACCAUACCAGCUUACGCAAGAACGAAGCUGCGAGUAUGUAGCGUUUGCCAAGCAUUCAAAAGAAAAGCAAUGACAUCAUCGCCUUCAGAGAUGUCAGCGAUGACAACGGUUUUCAGCGCAGGUAGUUGCUGCAGAAUAAAAAGGCCAAAUCGACAAGUCCGGUGUUUUCAAAAAGUCAAAAUGCAAUCAAUAGAUAAGUUCUGUGAUGGUCUGAUUCAAGCCCCGUUUUUCCUGCCAAAGUCAGUGAGGAAACAGUUCCAACAGUCUGGUUUGUCGAAGACGCAGUAUAUCCACCCUUGCUGUGCAGAUGAAGGGAAGUACCGCUACGACUGCUUUUCACGGGAACACGAAGAAGGUGCCGCCAGCCAAAAAAACCCUCUGAUACUCACCGCCAGCCCUGGCGAACGUCUCUGUGCUCUCGCAAAGAGAAAGGAGGCAAAGUUUCCUGGUCUUAGGAGUUGCUGUAAAGUUGAAGAUAUACACAAUAAGGUGAUGUGCCUUGGGAGGGUUGUUCGAGCAGGUUUCGAUGAUAAAUGCCAGAGGAGGCAAUUUUGGGCCCGGAAAAAGUCGGCCUUAGGACAGGGUGUUAUAGGAAAGCGAAUCACAGAGUGUUGUGAAGCCACAGGCGAGGCGCGGUUUCAAUGUUUCGUAACAUCUGGUGAUAAGCUGACGACAUCCCAGGUUCAAAGUGAGAUCAGUGUGAUCCUGAGAGUAACAUUUGGGGAGAAAAAUGCUGCAAGUCAUGAAGUGUCAUCAAAGAAGGAAUCAUAUGCAUCCGAAUCUCCGCCUGGAACCAAAGAGUCUGAUGUGUCGGGCGACGCCUUUGCUGAACCUCAAGAUGGCACUAAUGAGGACAAGCAGUUCAAAUUCUCUCUGUUUUCAGCUGAAGUGAAAGAUGCAAAGAGUCAAAACAAGAGGCACUGCCAAGAAGGAGGAAGAGACAUACGAAGAACCCGUCAUGAGUUACGCAUCUUGAAUCGUCUCUGUGGAAACCGCAGCACAAACACCAGCAAUGACGAAGAGCUUGACACAAGAAAUCAUCUAGUCAAGUGUUGUGCAUUCAGUGGUCGGGCCCAAAGAAUGAAGUGUUUGCGUUCUGCAAGGGAUGAAAAAUACGCCGCCACCUGCCGGGGGGAACUCACCCCACUAGCUGUCCGGCUUGGUGGUGCUGUUGGAGACGACAAUCCAUGCUGUAGAGAAGAGGAGCGCGAGGAACGAUCGUGUUGUUUUAAGGAGCUCCUGAGGACCAAGGAGAAGCUGCUUGAUCGUCGAGCACCAAUGCUUGCUCACAUUGAAAGCCUCACGAGUGAUUCCCGCCGACAGGUAGAACCGACAAGAAUGGACAGAUUGUGUACAGCAAUGGAAGGACUUCCAAAGAAAGAUUUCAAUGACACAGUCUUCCAAUGUUGCAGGAACGAGGGCAAAAGAAGGUACCGCUGUUUGACGCAGUUUUCCCGGGCUUACGUAGACAAGGUCUGCUCCGGGCAAGACAUGGACACUGCAUACCAGAUUGGAUAUUUGGGAGAGAUCCGGGAUCUCAAUUUAGAACAUGCAUGCUGCCAACUUGAAGGGCGGGAGAGAUACCGCUGUGUUCUUUCAGCAGACAAAAAUCACGGAGAGCCUAAUGACAUCAACGUCCAAAGCCGAGAGCGCACUCCAAAGACCCUUAAACAUAAACGUCACCGGAAGAGAGUCGGCAGUUGGCUGAGUAGUGCAAAGAGGGAGAUAUGCAAACGCGUGGACGAAUUCUACAGCGAGGAUCUUCUACAGGUCCUCAACGUUUUGCAAAGUGCACUUCCACCUCACCAUGAAGUCAAGGAAGCAUUGGGAGAGGAAGCAAAAGACCAAGACAUUGGAGAGGACAGCCAAGACGGCCAGAAAGAACGAACAAAACCUAGAAAGUGGAAACCAAAGACUCCAAGUAAAAAGAAAACGCGAAACGGUGGAGACCAUCACAGCAGAGACAUGAACAGUGAAGAGGAAUCGACAGAUGAAAACAGGCGACUGAACAACAAGGACAUCCUUGGUAGAGACCUGGACAGAACAGAGAUGGGAGACAGAGUGCAAGAGUUUUCAGAGGACAGGGUCAGGGAACGUCAGGGCCACAAAGGGAAGAAAGGUGACAGAAGUAAAGAAAGCAGAAGAGGCAUAAAAUGGCUUGAUACAGGUCAUACAAGAGGGGAAGGAAGACGCUGGGUAAAAGAGUCUUGGGAAGGUAGGGACAUAGAUCAUGAAGAGGAGGGGACAAGACAAAAAGGCUUGGAUCGUCUGAAAAGUCACUAUGACAGGGAAAGGGAAAGUGGAAGGCCUGCUAGACGUCAAAACAGGACCUCUGAAAGAUAUGGAUCAGAUGAAUCCUACUAUGAUACAUUGGGAGAACCUGAAGAAGUCGACAGGAAGGGGCCUAGAAGGCACGGGGGUCGUCGCAGAUAUUUCCGUUGGUAUGAGAGAAAGAACACCACCGGAAGUGCACUUUUCAAUGAUUCAUCCGCUGUUUUCGGGGGUCUAGCCUCUUGUUGCCAGCUUGAUGGGCGUAAGUUCAGUAGCUGCCUGAAGACCUUGCAACACACCUUACUUGAUCGACUGUGCGACCCUGAAAUCUACAUUGAAAUGGGGAACUUUAGCCACACAGCUAGAAAGAUCGACCACUGUUGCCUGCUGCAGGAUAAGCACCGAUCCAAAUGUUUCUUCAAAGAGAAACAUUACGACGACUGGGAAGAAGAACAACCGGGCCCGCCUGACGUUGUCACGUGGCAAGAAGAGAUUCGGUUCGGAGCAGAUGGUGAAACGCAAAAAUUUGCAGAAGAUGACGAUCGAUCAGGUCACCAAAAUAUACUAAAGGGAAAGGGUGCUGAGGGUGCUAAACGUGCCAGGAGAAGUGCAAGUUGGAGGGUACCGGGAGUGACCAGUGGUGAGUGGGACAGGAUUCCUCGUCUUCCAAAUGACAAGACCAGACGUAGAAAGCACCGGCGCGGUAAGAGGGCAAGGCACCAUGGCCUGUGGAGCGAUCGACGUAUAGGGGCAGUGUGCGUUAAUGUUGUGGGCAGCGCAGCUCUCGGGGCAUUCGGUGACUUUCUGGAUACAGAUAACAGUAACGUGAACUCAGAAGAACAGGGACAGCACGUCACCAUACAGGACGUGGGGGAGUCACUCCGUGACUGUUGUGUCAUGGUAAACGAGGUGGAGCGGAUAGACUGUGUUAAACGGAUCAGGAGCCGCCUUGCUGACCAAAAGUGUACAGGAAUCGGAAAGUCAGGAAGUGGCCCACAGAGGCGCCAUCUUCCAUUCCCGGCGUCCUGUUGUGACGUCACGGACGAGGACAGAUACAGCUGCGUGAAUGGGGAGCGACCGCGUACAACGUUUCAUAAGAAACAAUCCUCCCGCCCGAGAUCAGACUUCGAGGAGCGCAGUGGUGACUUAUGGCUAGCACAAGCAGCGCCCUCUGCCGACGAGAAAGAGCCUCGCCACGACAUCGUGGAUCCUGUCGAGUUUCGUAGCGCGGUAGUGUUUGGCUCGACCGAUGAUCGGAGGGGGGACUCACCACGCGGUUAAAGACAGUUAUCGCUGAGGCUGAGACAGUAAUCUGGCGAGGUAUAUUCAAAGGAGGGGAUCAUUCUGAGGCAGAAUGGAACAGAUAACGGGUUUUUUUUCUCUGGGUUUUUUGUUAUUUUUAAGAGUGAUGAGUGUUACUGUUGAUUAUUAUAACGGUCUAGAGAUACAGUUUAGCGUCAUGUUUAUUGUGACAUCAUUGGAUCACCACUGGUAUAUCAGCUGCCUUUGAUAAAUUUCAUGUCUUGUCCUGCAGUCAGUUGUGUUAUGUGUAAAUCACACCAAAGCGAUGGCAUCACCGAUAAAUACAAAAGCCCAUUAGUGCCAUGGCAAGUAUGUGUUUGUAGUUCGUCAUUACGGAUUAUUAAUUCGAUAUUACGAAUUAUUAAUUCGAUAUUACGGAUUGUUAAUUCGUAAUUACGGAUUAUUAAUUCGUUUUUACGGAUUAUUCAUUUCGUUGUUACGUAUUUCUCAGGCAUUCCUGCAAGUGGUACAACGAGAGUGUGAGCGGUUUAUUCGAUGCUACUUCCUUCUUGUUCUAGAAGGAAACAAACACUCUGUCGAAAAUUGCGAAAUCUUGGUCUCUUAUCAUAAGAGCUGAUCUUGGAACUGCAAACAAUCACAUCCGACAAAUGCAGCAGUUUCUUAGAGGGGAUCAUGAAGAUUCGUUUGCUUAAGACAAGAGUUUCAUGUAGGGAACCAGUCAAAACCACCAAAGGAUUGAGUGUUGGUGGAACAUGCUUAGAAAACACUUCACUCGAUUUUGGAUGUUUAUUUCUGAUGACCAACAGCAGGGAACAUCUCUUCAGAAUUACAUCUGGCCAGGGACACUCAGUUCCAGCGAGUAGACUGGUUGUGGAAAUCCUAGUGUAGCGCCUCUUGGCGCCAGAGUCAGUCACUCUAGUUAACCCAGUUUUAAAUUUUCUUUUUUCCUUUAAUUUUUUUUUGUAGUAAUAAUUUUCUUGAUUUUGUUUGUAGAAUUAAAUAGAUGUACCUACGGUCAACAUAAAUUAAUGGUCCUGUGUUUUAUCAUUUUGUCAAUUUAUUUCUUUCAUCUUCACUGUCGUCCUCCAUGGGAAGGACAGACCCAAUGAAUAAAUAGUUGCAGCAAAGACAUUAGGUGAUGCCUGUAUACUUUGAAUUAGCUAAAUUUAACAAGGCACUUAAAUGUACAUGUAAAAAAACAGAUAUGUUGCAGAAAACUUGCUGCUGUUUUUAAGGAAAACAGUCACAAUGAAGAUGUAUGGCUGAACUGGACAAUGUCUAUAUUUUUGACAAUUUUAUAACAUAUAAUUUGUAAUAUAUAAUUUAUGUUCUCAAAAUUAACUUCAAUCUAUGUUUCACAGAUUCGGAAUCUUUGAAACAUAUCCUCAUUUUAUUUGAGAAACCAUUUACAGUAAAACUGUUCCUGUAUGAUACUUGUAUGAUUCUCAGAUCAUCAAUAAUUUUUGGAUGCAACAAAAGAAAAAUACAUGUAUCUUUCAAAAGUACGAUAAAAUUCAGUCUUUUAUACCUUUUGGGGUUAAAACCAAAGGACCAAGCUAACGAUAAAAGGCAUAUAAUAACUUAAUAAACAGUGGUGAACAGAGUAUUGCUUUUAUCAACAGCCACUCUAUAUUAGCAAUAUCUAUAAAUGUAUUUUUGCAACAAGAAACCACUACUUAAAGAUUUCAGAACAAAAAACUGCAACAAGUAGUUUCCAUUCUUUUCCUUUGAUAGAUUUUGAUAAUCUAUUUAACCGUCCAUCACCCAAGCCUCACUUUGUAAGAUUUUGUUAAAUUCACGUCGCAAAUCAACAAAACUUUCGUAUGUUGCGGGCACCUCCAACACAUUUCCACAUGUGACUGAGUGGUCUUUUUUCAAAACCUGUCGAUUGAGUAAAUGUCACAUUGAUAACAUUCACUGGAAGUACACCAGAUCAAAUAAAAUAAUCCGUAAUAACGAAUUAAUAAUCCGUAAUGACUAAUUAAUAAUCCGUAAUGACUAAUUAAUAAUCCGUAAUACUGAAAUAAAUAAUCCGUAAUAACGAAUAAAUAAUCUGUAAUAACGAAUUAUGAGCACAUACUUGCCAUGGCACUAAUGGGCUUUCGUAGAUAAAUGAGCGAACAGCGCAAAUAUAGUGAGAACAAGUACAAAGUCAUCAUAAUAAUCAGCUUAUAUUUGGUAGGUGGCACACCUGUUUUUAAACAACAGCGCGAUACUGUAAAAUGUGUAUGCUGAUUUUGUCGACAAAGACGGCAUGUGUUGUGCAGUAUUAGGCCUAAAGCAAAAAUCUCUUAAAGUGCAUGCUCAUCGUUCCUCAAAUAAUUUAUAAGAUGUUUUAUCGAUGUAUUCUACCUACUCAAACUUGUUAAGUUUACCACAUGGGAAGACAAUACGUCAAAAAACACCCCAUCACAAGCGAAUGCGGUCAGUAGGGAAUUUUAAUCACAUCCUUCAUUAAUUACGAAAGCCCGGACAAGCUGACCUUAACAACCCCCAGUGGGUUUAUUUUGUCAGCCAGUUCUGUUGAUUUCAAGCGCUGACAUUUUGGGAGGUGUUUUAUAGAAAACACACCAUUUUGCUUGCCUUGUCAACCAAUGAUUAGUUUCGUUAACAUGUUGGUAUUUUCUUUAGACUUAAAGUGUAUCCUUUGGCUUUUUGUAUGACUUUUCAUUAUACACUUUUAUCUGUGACAAAUAAACUGAGAUGCAUUGCGUGCUGUUUUGAUUAGUGAUCGCUUUAAAUGGCAAGAUUUAAGUUCAGGAAUUUUAAAACGGUCUUGGUAUGGAGAGUACGAAAUAUUUGAAGGAAAGUAUUACCACAGUAUUGCGGAAUAACCCUUAUCAUGACUUUUUAAGUCUUCCUAACUCGUUUAUUAAAGGGAUAGAUGUUUUAAUGGAGUUUGAAUUUGCCUUCAUCAUUAUGAGGAACAAUCCCUAAGAAUUCGUUUAUCAGUCUGAAUAACAUUUACCACUUCAUCCAUUCCUUUAAGCUAACGUUAAAGGCACUUUACAAUGUAUUCAGAUGAUGCAUGCAGAGAUGUCAAUCAAAUCACCACUACACCACAAAGCUAAUUGCAGUCAUAGUGGAAUUUAAUAGUUAGUAAUUUUGUCAAUUUACUGAUCAUUUCGAGCAAAAAAUGUAUUUAAAGUUAUGUAUCAAAAGUUCUACUUCACAUAGGAUUCUGUCCGAUAGCAUCAAUGCAGAGGUGCCUAAAACGACGGAGGGGGCCUAGAAAAUUGUGACUGUAGUCUUUUUAACAGCCGUAUUGAUACACAAUGACAAGAACAACUAUACGUUAAGAAGGGCAGUUGAGCUGCAAAGACAGAGUAAGAAAAGUGGCUCGUUUAUGUUUCUCGACGGUGUUGGGCGCAAACCAGCACAUUUUGCCACAAAGUUGCCGUAGUUUUUCGUUCCUAAAAUGAAUUACUGAAAGCGUGUUUGGGUAUCUAGUGUCGGCUGUUGCGUGUGGGUGCUUUCCACUCAUGAAACCCUAACUCCCAAGGGUGUAUGUAAAGUUAUAUUGAAAUCGGAGGGUUUGGGACUGUUAGGGUAGGUAUGAAAGGACCCGCUACUGAGAAGCGGCCCGACUAGUGUUGCCGUUUGAUUAAAACCCCACAAGAGUUAGAAAUCGUCAUUUUUACCAC